GCUUCUUGGGACUUGUCUGUCUGCACUUAAGGCUGAACAGCAAGAGAAAGGUCCGCGCUGGUCUACUGAGCCUGAGGGAAGCCACUCUUCCCCUUAAGGAUCCCCGUAAAGCAGGGUUUCUCUCCUGGAGGCAACGUCUGGCGAUGUUUAUGGUUAUCGUACUGGGGGUGUUCUGGCAUCAAGUGGGUGGGGGCCAGGGAUGCUGCUCAGCCCCCUGUGGUGCCCGUGAUGGCUGCCCACAGAGAAGGAUGGGGCCGCAGUGUCAGCAGGGGUGGUUGGGGUUCCCUGCCUAAAGCAUACUAGGUUUUAGGGUUUCCUUCUGUCCUUACCUGGGACCUGGAAGUGGGAUCCAUGGUGAGACCAAUUGAGGAGGCACUUUCUGAUGCUCAGGGCUCCCUGAGGGGGUCAACUCCCUGUCCCUGCAGGUGUGCAAGCAGAUGCGGUCGUGAGGGGGUUCACUCUGAAGCCUUUAAGGCCUGUCCAGCCUUGAGAUCUGGCCCUCUGACGUAAACCACAGCUGCAGUCACAUAAGUGAGCAUACAUCGUUCAGGUGCCAUCGCCAAGUUUCUUUCCUUUGCGUGGGGGUUUGCAUCCUCUGGGCUGCUGUGGACCCUACGCCCUUGCGGCCCAGAUGUCUCACCACGUCACACUGGGGAAUGGGUACCUUGCAGUGCCGAGAGCUGGGAGAUGAGUGGCUUGACCUUGGGCCCAUUUCUGAGGCUUAGAGCAGCAGUGCUCACCUGGGGAGCCAGGUGUGUGCUCUCAUGACCCUUGUCACAGAGUAAAAAGGGAGAGCCUUUGCUCCAGAAAGCCACAUCCUCUAGACUGCCAGCCCUGCUGGACAGGACUCCUUGAUCAGCCCAGGGCCUGCCCGCACAGAGUUGGGGGGGGGGGGUCAGCAUUCGCUGAGUGAAUGCAUGCUAGAACUUGCUCCUCAGGCACCAGCCCCUUCUGGCCUCCCCAGAAACAACUUGCCUCUCGUGGUGAUUCACAUCAGCCCCCCAGAGGAGGCACAUUGUCACCUGUGUCAGGAGCACCUGUGUUAGGUACCAUUUAGAUGCCAGCUCUUCCAGGCCUUGCCUUUUGCUAUACUGAGAGGUGAGGGACCACGAGCUCAUCACGUUCCCUCUGCCAGGGGGACCUCCCUCUUCAAAAAUCCCAUUCUGUGCAGCAACUACUGGGCUCCUAGGAGCCGGCAUUCUAGUUGAGGUCUGGAGGCCACGGCCAGCCCUCCAUCACAUGGCUCUACGUCUCUUACUGACCGUAGUCUUCCCUCUUGUGAGAGAUCCAUUCUUCUCCCCUGCAGGGGCAGUGAGGGAGGAGAAGGGGCUCCACCUGGCCACCCAGCCUGCAGCAGGGCCAGCUCCUCACUGGACAGCAGCAGCCGUGGCCGCCGGGGAACCUCCCUGUGCCACAGACCGCACACGCUGCCGACAGAGGAGCAGGAGGCAGGCAUAUCUGGGGUCUGUUGUGCUCCUGUCACCGAGCCCCUGGGAUCAGCCACCACUUCCUAGCCUCUCCUCUGGGUCAGGCACACUGCUGGCUGCUUCACAGAAGCCCCGCCCAGUUUUAUAGCAACAUAGGUGGCCAUAUCCCUUUAACCCACUUCAGAGAGAAGCUGCUGGGCCAGUAGGAGUUGAAGCCAGGACUCAAAGCCAGGCUGACCUUGGCCUGCUGACCUUGGCCGGCGGGCUGUGCCUGCCCUGCGGCGCCAUGGACCAGGAGUAUGAGCGGCGCCUCCUGCGGCAGAUUGUUGUUCAGAAUGAGAACACGAUGCCCUGCGUUGCGGAGAUGCGGCGAACCCUGACGCCUGCCAACUCUCCCGUGUCCUCCCCCAGCAAGCAUGGAGACCGCUUCAUCCCCUCCAGAGCUGGUGCCAACUGGAGCGUGAAUUUCCACAGGAUCAAUGAGAAUGAGAAGUCCCCCAGCCAAAAUCGGAAAGCCAAGGAUGCCACGUCAGACAACGGCAAAGACGGCCUGGCCUACUCUGCCUUGCUGAAGAACGAGCUGCUGGGAGCCGGCAUCGAGAAGGUGCAGGACCCGCAGACAGAGGACCGCCGGCUGCAGCCUUCCACGCCCGAGAAGAAGGGUCUGUUUACGUAUUCCCUCAGCACCAAGCGCUCCAGCCCUGACGAUGGCAACGAUGUGUCUCCCUACUCCUUGUCCCCAGUCAGCAACAAAAGUCAGAAGCUACUGCGGUCGCCACGGAAACCUACACGCAAGAUCUCCAAGAUCCCCUUCAAGGUCCUGGAUGCCCCGGAGCUGCAGGACGACUUCUACCUGAACCUGGUGGACUGGUCAUCCCUCAAUGUGCUCAGCGUGGGGCUGGGGACCUGCGUGUACCUGUGGAGCGCUUGCACCAGCCAGGUGACCCGGCUCUGUGACCUCUCAGUGGAAGGGGACUCAGUGACGUCUGUGGGCUGGUCUGAACGGGGGAACCUGGUGGCUGUGGGCACACACAAGGGUUUUGUGCAGAUCUGGGAUGCAGCCGCAGGGAAGAAGCUGUCCAUGCUGGAAGGCCACACGGCACGCGUUGGGGCACUGGCCUGGAACGCUGACCAGCUCUCAUCUGGGAGCCGGGACCGCAUGAUUCUGCAGAGGGACAUCCGGACCCCGCCCCUGCAGUCAGAGCGGCGACUGCAGGGCCACCGCCAGGAGGUGUGCGGACUCAAGUGGUCCACGGACCACCAGCUCCUCGCCUCAGGGGGCAACGACAACAAGCUGCUGGUCUGGAACCACUCCAGCCUGAGCCCCGUGCAGCAGUACACGGAGCAUCUGGCGGCUGUGAAGGCCAUCGCCUGGUCCCCACACCAGCAUGGGCUGCUGGCAUCUGGAGGCGGCACAGCUGACCGCUGCAUCCGCUUCUGGAACACACUCACAGGGCAGCCGCUGCAGUGCAUCGACACAGGCUCCCAGGUGUGCAACCUCGCCUGGUCAAAGCACGCCAACGAGCUGGUGAGCACGCACGGCUAUUCGCAGAACCAGAUCCUGGUCUGGAAGUACCCCUCCCUGACCCAGGUGGCAAAGCUGACCGGACACUCGUACAGGGUCCUGUACCUGGCCAUGUCCCCCGAUGGAGAGGCCAUAGUCACUGGUGCUGGGGACGAAACACUGAGGUUCUGGAACGUCUUUAGCAAAACCCGUUCGACAAAGGUAAAGUGGGAAUCCGUGUCAGUGCUCAACCUCUUCACCAGGAUCCGGUAAACCCUCGGGCCUCCGUCCGAGUCGGAAGAGUACCACCUCUCGUCGGCGUGCAUGGACCCUCCCCUCCCCAGCUCACGGUCCCCAGAGGGGGCGGGCGGGGAGUCGGGCCUGGAGAGACCCCGAAGAUUCUCAUUAAAGCCUGAUUGCGAACCCUGGCAGCCGGUGUUUGGGGCGGGGACGUGGCCGGGCACCAGCAGGAGGGGGCCCGGCUCCCUCCAUCCUGGGUGGCCCCAGCAGGGACCAUCUGUUUGGCUGCUGUGCUCGGAGCACGAUGGACACUUCCUGGGACCCAGCCUGCUUCCAUCUGCGUCCGCCGCUGCAUCGUCGGGGCUGCAUGCUCUUCCCAGAAGCACGUGCUCACUGCCACUGCCGACGCCACCACCACCACCACCACUCAUGCCUACAGGACAGACCCCUGGGGCUGGGCAGACUGCCGAGGUCAGCACAUGGAUCGAAGGGACAGAGCCACCUGAUAGGUUUCUCUGCGGCUGGUCCUGCUGUCCUUGCCCCGGCAGCCACGCCGCUGACUCUUCCAGAGGCACCACGUCAGGAGCAGGCCCUGGGCAGUCUCCGUGCCGAAGGACGUCAUCUUGAGAUGGACUUGUCUGAGGAAAACGAGUCAGGUCCAUCGGCUAUCUUGUGUUUACCCUGACCCUGCACUGUCCUUGUUACUAACGGGGGUCACAGCCCUGUUUUGUCCCCAAGCAGGACUCGGGUUCUCGCGGCUUGCUGGGCAGCCAGUCAGGGUAACCCAAGGGCAGACUCGACCCUAAGAGGGUUCCUGUGGGCAUCUGGCCCUCCUCCCUAGCCCCUUGCCACACCCUAGGCCCCCUGGUUGGGUCCUGCCAUUGGUGCCAUUGGCCUUGGGGCAGGCAGGGGAGGAGGCACCCAUAGGUCCUUCCAGAUACUUCCUGAGCUUCCCCCAGCCUGCCUCAUGGCCAUCUGCUCUGUCCAGCUGCCCCAUGGGCCCAUCCACUCCUGCCUUAUCUCCAGACCAGGAGAAAUGGAGGAAGGGAGAGCCUGGGCGUGGCCAAGGUUGUGAGCAUCCCCCCCCCCCCACGCCUCAGAUCAAGGGGUGCUGAUGGAGCAGACGGGGUGGAGCAGGCCUGGGCGAGGUGGGUCCUGCAGAGCCAGGGAGGCCUGCACGGAGCCCCUCCAGGUCCCCGUGGCCAUGUGUGUGCACGUGUAUAUAUGUACUUGUGAUUUUUCUUUGGGUUUGUUUGUUUGUUUGUUUGUAGAUCAGUCCCAGAAAAUUUAAGCCUGGUGGGGUAGGAGCGGUGGCUCACCCACUACCCACUGGGGGGUCGGGAGGGACAGCGCUCACAGCUCCCGAUCAGCCAAACCUGCCUGAACUUGGGGAAGGGACCCCUCCUCCCCAGCCCUGAUCUGCCUGCCGCAGGGACGACAAGGGACAGUGUACAUAGAUGUGUGUAUUUUGAUUGGUCGUUCUUUGAGUGUUUUUUUUUUUUUAAGAAAACAAUCCUGACUCUGCCACGCCCUCACCUCGUGCAGUUGCCAGAGCCCUGGAGCUGGCCGUGCUCAUGACUGUGUGCCCCCCAGCCUGUGGACUGGGCCUGGGCCUUGGGAUAGAGAGAGGGGCGCAAAGUGUGUCUGCAGCCGCAAGUGUGUGUGGGGCUAAGUGCAGGGGCUGGGGACGGAGGGGCGCCUGGUGCAGAGCUAGCCUUGUUCUUGUGAAGUGCAGCAUCGUUGUCAUUAAACCAGUCGUGGGUUCAUGCACUGCUAGGGCUGGCUGUCCAUCUGUCUUGUCUGUCUGGUCCUCGGCCGGGGUGUCUAGAUGUCACAGAUGGCGCAGGUGGCUUACCCUGGGUGAGCCGGCAAUGGAGAAGACUCACCUGUAGUCUGUAAGAGGUGCUGGUGACCCCGAAUUCAGGGUCCCCGGGGGCUGAGGACGUGGGUGUGGCCCAGCCAGGGUGCAGCCCCGCCGUGGGGAAGAGGCACUCAGCCCUGGUUACCAUCUGGAAGGAGAAUGGGCCAGAGUAGUGGUCUGUGUGUGCAGGGGCUGGUCACGGUGGGGUCGAGGGAGGGCUGGGGCGAAGGAGCAGAUGAGGACGGGGUGAGGGGGCCGCACAGCAGCUCUCAGGUGAGACAGGUGCUCUGACCAUCUCCACCCUACACAGGGAAACGGAGGCCAGUGUGGGAUCUCCCUGGCCCAGCAUCUCCCACAGGGGUGGAGGCUGAGAGCAACGAGCAAGGUUGGUUUCUGUUGAUCUGUGAAUGUAGCUUUUGCAGUGAAGGGAAUGGGAUUUAGUAGUAGUAGGGGGUGAGGCACAGGCCAUGGGGGGGGGGCACGGAGCGGCCGGUGCGGGGGCUGACGAGAGGAUCAUAGAAGAGGGAUUUGGAUGUGGUCAAGGGGAGGGAGCAGCAGGUUUUGUGUCUCUGGAGGAAAGCCAGCCCAGGCCAGAGGGGAGGUGACUCCGGGCAGGACCUGGCAGGUCAGGGAGCCCCGGGGGGUCUUGGGAAGAGGGAUGAGCCCCCUACAGUGAGCAGCUGCCCACAUGUGGCACAGCACCCAGAGGCCCUUCCCUCUAGGUGAGGAGCCCUGUCCGGGCAGUGGGGACCAGGCCAUGGGGAGGGUGUGGGCUUCCACCCCUCGGACAGCAGGGCCGGCGUGGGGCCGGCAGGAGGCGCUGCGCAGGCAGCCAGGAGCGGGUGGGAGGGGGCAGGCAGGUCUUGCGGUUCUCGUUCUAUUUUUCAUUACUGUGGUAAAUAUGCAUAACAUACAGUUUACCAUCUGAAAGUGUGUAAUUCCGUGGUUUUUACUACAUUCAUGAAGUUGUGCUGCCCCCAUCUCUAGCUCCAAAACAUUCCACCACCCCAGAAGCAUCCCCGUCCCCGCCCCUAGCCCCCUUUCCAUCCGUGGAGGAGCCCAUCCUGGACGUGUCACAUAAAUGGACUCAUACACCG